AUCAAAUGCAAGGAGGAAGAAGAGGUCCCAACAGGACAUCCUACUGUCGCAAUCCACUCUGUGAGCCAGGAUCCUCAGGGGGCUCUGGUGGGGGUCACACUUCCAGCGCAUCCGUCACCAGUGUCCGUUCCCGCACCAGGAGCAGUUCUGGAACUGGUCUCUCCAGCCCCCCACUGGCCACCCAGACGGUCGUGCCUCUACAGCACUGCAAGAUCCCUGAGCUGCCAGUCCAAGCCAGCAUUCUCUUUGAGUUGCAGCUCUUCUUCUGCCAGCUCAUAGCUCUCUUCGUCCACUACAUCAACAUUUACAAGACAGUGUGGUGGUAUCCACCCUCCCAUCCACCCUCCCACACCUCCCUGAAUUUCCACCUGAUCGACUUCAACUUGCUGAUGGUGACCACCAUUGUUCUGGGCCGCCGCUUCAUUGGGUCCAUCGUGAAGGAGGCUUCUCAGAGGGGAAAGGUCUCCCUCUUUCGCUCCAUCCUGCUGUUCCUCACCCGCUUCACCGUUCUCACGGCAACAGGCUGGAGUCUGUGCCGCUCCCUCAUCCACCUCUUCAGGACCUACUCCUUCCUGAACCUCCUGUUCCUCUGCUAUCCGUUUGGGAUGUACAUUCCGUUCCUGCAGCUGAAUUGUGACCUCCGCAAGACAAACUUCUUCAGCCACGUGGCCUCCGUGGGGCCCCGGGAGGCGGUCAGUGGCCUGGCACGGAGCCGGGACUACCUGCUGACGCUGCGGGAGACCUGGAAGCAGCACACACGGCAGCUGUAUGGCCCAGAGGCCAUGCCCACCCAUGCCUGCUGCCUGUCACCCAGCCUCAUCCGCAGCGAGGUAGAGUUCCUCAAGAUGGACUUCAACUGGCGAAUGAAGGAGGUGCUGGUCAGCUCCAUGCUGAGCGCCUACUAUGUGGCCUUUGUGCCCGUCUGGUUCGUCAAGAACACACAUUACUAUGACAAGCGCUGGUCCUGCGAGCUCUUCCUGCUGGUGUCCAUCAGCACCUCAGUGAUCCUCAUGCAGCACCUGCUGCCUGCCAGCUACUGUGACCUGCUGCACAAGGCCGCUGCCCAUCUGGGCUGCUGGCAGAAGGUGGACCCAGCGCUGUGCUCCAACGUGCUGCAACACCCGUGGACUGAAGAAUGCAUGUGGCCACAGGGCGUGCUGGUGAAACACAGCAAGAACGUGUACAAAGCAGUGGGUCACUACAACGUGGCCAUCCCCUCGGACGUCUCCCACUUCCGGUUCCACUUUUUUUUCAGCAAACCUUUGCGGAUCCUUAACAUUCUGCUGCUGCUAGAGGGCGCUGUCAUUGUCUACCAGCUGUACUCCUUAAUGUCCUCAGAAAAGUGGCACCAGACCGUCUCGCUGGCACUCAUCCUCUUCAGCAACUACUACGCCUUCUUCAAGCUGCUGCGGGAUCGCCUGGUGUUGGGCAAAGCCUACGCGUACUCAGCCAGCCCGCAACGGGAUCUGGACCACCGCUUCUCCUGAGUCUCCAGAGUGACCCCUGGGACAGCAUCCAGGCUUCAGCCAGGGUCUCUGGGAAGGGGCUGUUGGGGAGGGAUAGUAAGGGGCAAAACAAAACAAAAAACCGACAAAAAAAAAAAAUCCACCAGAGCUUUGUAUUUUUGUUACAUACUGUUUCUUUCUUUGUAAUUGAUGUGAUUAUGAGGAAAAAAGUCCUAUUUUUAUACUCCCAAUUAGCUUGUGUCCUGUAUUUCUUUUCCUUCUGGACUGACACAGCAGAGGUGUGGUCAGUGGGGUUCUGGACUGGGAAGUCCCAAGGGUGGCUUCCAGGGCCCCUGUGGGCUCAGCCUUCUCCAGUGGAGAGAUGAGCAGGCACUAUGGGUCAUGGUAGUGGUGAUAGCCGGGAGCUCAGAGAGCUUACGUGACUUGCCCCAGGUAACACAGCUAGGAAGUGGCAGAGCUGAGCACAAAGAGUCCUCUGGCAGUGGACACUACUAUCCUAGCAGAAGGUGAUGUGCGGAGUCAUCAUGCAGACACAGCCCCGCUCUGUGCCAACUGCUCUGGUAGGUGGUGAGAGUGCCUACUACACUGUGAUGGUCUAACAGUGACAAUGUACACAGGAGCACAGCAGGGAGGAUGCCCUCCAGGCUUUCUGGGGGAGGGACAGCCUGAGUUCUACAGCUCUUUCCUGGAUGGAUAAGGAGGAGGAAAGGCAUUUCAAGUGAAAGAAUGGGCCUAGGCACCAACAGAUCUGGAACACGCUGGUAGUGUUUGGGGAGGGAAGAGAAUAGUUUCCAAAGCAAGAAGGUAUGAGGAAGGUGUGGCUGAUGGGGUGGGGCUGGAAAGGUUUGCCCGGGCAGGAUCUGGGAGGACAAAUGGCCCUAAGCUAGGGAGGUUAUGUGAAACCAGCCAAAUC